GAGAGGAAAAGAUGGGGUGCGACAUCUCCUGAGGCUUCCCGCGGGGGUUCCCGAGCAGUGGGGAGACCCCGCCCAUUCCCUUAGAGACUGGUGCCCCAGGGGCGCCCACAGCCCAGCAGCUAACACCUGGUCGUUAAGCCCCAUAGCAGCGCCUUGGCUGUCUGGGGGGGGAGAAUCACCCAGAUGGACAGACGGAUGCACUGAGUAGGUGAGGACAGCUGAGCGGUGAUCCCUGGGGGGUAUGGUCAGGGCAACAGGAGCAGUCUUCCAAAAACGGCCCCCGCUUGCCCAGCCCAGCGUCCUCACCCCGAACACACUGCCCCCUGCCGGCCCCCCAGAGCCUCGGCCUCACACCCUCCUUCACACGCCCCACCGUAUGACUCACAGCUCCCGUGGGUUACUGGAACAGCCUGUGGCCCGGCACUACGAGAAGCAAGCUGACCCACAGGGGAACUGGAUCCAUGACCUUGGCCUCCUUAGUUGUAACUGGACACCAGAGAAUUUGGAAGAAAGCCAUGUGCUGAGUAAAUCCCAAAGGAGGCUCAAAUAAAAUCAGAACAAUCCUGUCUGACACUUAACAAAAUGCUUUAAGUUGUUCAAAGCUCUAGCUCAACUCUGAACCCAACAGAGAUUCCGUAUUUGACCCCGCUCCUGGCCCCAGGCCAGCCACUGUCACCGCUGCCCCUAUCACCAACACAAGUCCCCUCCUCCCUGAAGCAGGAAAGGGACCUCCCAGCCUCUUGCUGGGGCCUCCACCCCACCAGUCAGGAUGGCUCCUCCUUGCUUCGGAAUGUCAGGAUGGGCAGAGUCCCCGGAGACCACCGACUGCAGCCCCCCCCUUCCCAUCAUCAGUGUGCUCAAGGAGAGUCAGAAGACUGGCUGGGGUCACCUGCUUUUGCUCGAGCGCCAUGAGAAAUGGGGAACUCGCCACCCACACCCCCAGGCGGCAUCCCCAUCAGUUGGUGCCCUUCCCCGAUCAUCAGUUUGGCAGUGACUGGGUCCCUCCUCUGUACCAGGUGUUCGAUGCGCGGGAUUGCAGCUCUGCACAGGAGAUGUUCACCUGCAUCUGCAACCAUAUCAAGUACGCCACCAACCGGGGCAACCUCCGUUCGGCCAUCACAGUGUUCCCCCAGCGUACUCCGGGCCGCGGAGACUUCCGAAUCUGGAACAGCCAACUGGUGCGCUACGCGGGCUACAGGCAGCAGGACGGCUCCGUGAGGGGGGACCCAGCCAACGUGGAGAUCACCGAGCUCUGCAUCCAGCACGGCUGGACCCCAGGAAACGGCCGCUUUGAUGUGCUGCCCCUGCUGCUGCAGACCCCAGAUGAGGCUCCAGAACUCUUUGUUCUGCCCCCCGAACUGGUCCUCGAGGUGCCCCUGGAGCACCCCACGCUGGAGUGGUUCUCGGCUCUGGGCCUGCGCUGGUACGCCCUCCCAGCAGUGUCCAAUAUGCUGCUGGAAAUUGGGGGCCUGGAGUUCCCUGCAGCCCCCUUCAGCGGCUGGUACAUGAGCACGGAGAUUGGCACACGGAACCUGUGUGAUCCUCACCGCUACAACAUCCUGGAGGAUGUGGCAGUCUGCAUGGACCUGGAUACCCGGACCACCUCAUCCCUGUGGAAAGACAAGGCAGCCGUGGAAAUCAACUUGGCUGUGCUGCACAGUUACCAGCUCGCCAAAGUGACCAUUGUGGACCACCACGCUGCCACAGCCUCCUUCAUGAAGCACCUGGAGAACGAACAGAAGGCCAGGGGGGGCUGCCCUGCCGACUGGGCCUGGAUCGUGCCCCCCAUCUCGGGCAGCCUCACCCCAGUCUUCCAUCAGGAGAUGGUCAACUAUGUCCUGUCCCCUGCUUUCCGCUACCAGCCAGACCCCUGGAAGGGGAGCACAGCCAAGGGCACCGGCAUCACCAGGAAGAAGACCUUUAAGGAAGUGGCCAAUGCGGUGAAGAUCUCUGCCUCACUCAUGGGCACCGUGAUGGCGAAGCGAGUGAAGGCGACCAUUCUGUACGCCUCCGAGACCGGCCGGGCCCAGAGCUACGCACAGCAGCUGGGGAGGCUCUUCCGGAAGGCCUUCGACCCUCGGGUCCUGUGCAUGGAUGAGUAUGACGUGGUGUCCCUGGAGCACGAGACGCUGGUGUUGGUGGUGACCAGCACCUUUGGGAAUGGCGAUCCCCCAGAGAAUGGAGAGAGUUUUGCAGCGGCCCUGAUGGAGAUGUCGGGCCCCUACAACAGCUCCCCUCGGCCAGAACAGCACAAGAGUUACAAAAUCCGCUUCAACAGCAUCUCCUGCUCGGACCCGCUGGUGUCCUCCUGGCGGCGGAAGAGGAAGGAGUCCAGUAAUACCGACAGCGCAGGGGCGCUGGGGACCCUCAGGUUCUGUGUGUUUGGGCUGGGCUCCCGGGCGUACCCCCAUUUCUGCGCCUUUGCUCGUGCGGUGGACACGCGGCUGGAAGAGCUGGGAGGGGAGCGGCUGCUUCAGCUGGGCCAGGGCGAUGAGCUAUGCGGCCAGGAGGAGGCCUUCCGCGGCUGGGCCCAGGCUGCCUUCCAGGCCUCCUGUGAGACGUUCUGCGUGGGGGAGGAUGCCAAGGCCGCGGCCCAGGACAUCUUCAGCCCCAAACGGAGCUGGAAACGCCAGAGGUACCGGCUGAGCGCCCAGGCCGAGGGCCUCCAGCUGCUGCCAGGCCUGAUCCACGUGCACAGGCGGAAGAUGUUCCAGGCCACAGUCCUCUUGGUGGAAAACCUGCAAAGCAGCAAGUCCACCCGGGCCACGAUCCUGGUGCGCCUGGACACUGGAGGCCAGGAGGGGCUCCAGUACCAGCCGGGGGACCACAUAGGCAUCUGCCCGCCCAACCGGCCGGGGCUCGUGGAGGCGCUGAUGAGCCGCGUGGAGGACCCGCCGCCACCCACCGAGUCUGUGGCAGUGGAGCAGCUGGAGAAGGGCAGCCCAGGUGGCCCUCCUCCCGGCUGGGUGCGGGACCCCCGGCUGCCCCCGUGUACGCUGCGCCAGGCUCUCACCUUCUUCCUGGACAUCACCUCCCCGCCCAGCCCUCAACUUCUUCGGCUGCUCAGCACCCUAGCGGAAGAGCCCAGUCAGCAGCAGCAGCUCGAGACCCUCAGCCAGGAUCCCCGGCGCUACGAGGAGUGGAAGUGGUUCCGCUGCCCCACCCUGCUGGAGGUGCUCGAGCAGUUUCCAUCCGUGGCACUGCCUGCCCCGCUACUCCUCACCCAGCUGCCCCUGCUCCAGCCCCGGUACUACUCGGUCAGCUCAGCACCCAGCGCCCAUCCAGGAGAGAUCCACCUCACAGUAGCUGUGCUGGCAUACAGGACCCAAGAUGGGCUGGGUCCCCUGCACUAUGGAGUCUGCUCCACAUGGCUGAGCCAACUCAAGACUGGAGACCCCGUACCCUGCUUCAUCAGGGGGGCUCCCUCCUUCCGGCUGCCGCCUGAUCCCAGCUUGCCCUGCAUCCUCGUGGGCCCAGGCACUGGCAUCGCCCCCUUCCGGGGAUUUUGGCAGGAGCGGCUACACGACAUCGAGAGCAAAGGGCUGCAGCCUGCCCCCAUGACCUUGGUGUUCGGCUGCCGGUGCUCCCAGCUCGACCAUCUCUACCGCGAGGAGGUGCAGGACGCCCAGCAGCGGGGGGUGUUUGGCCGCGUCCUCACCGCCUUCUCCCGGGAACCCGACAGCCCUAAGACCUACGUGCAGGACAUCCUGCGGACGGAGCUGGCUGCCGAGGUGCACCGCGUGCUGUGCCUCGAGCGGGGCCACAUGUUUGUCUGCGGCGAUGUCACCAUGGCAACCAGCGUCCUGCAGACGGUGCAGCGCAUCUUGGCGACAGAGGGCGACAUGGAGCUGGAUGAGGCCGGCGACGUCAUCGGCGUGCUGCGGGAUCAGCAACGCUAUCACGAGGACAUUUUCGGGCUCACGCUGCGCACCCAGGAGGUGACAAGCCGCAUACGCACCCAGAGCUUUUCCUUGCAGGAGCGGCAUAUGCGGGGCGCAGUGCCCUGGGCGUUCGACCCGCCCGGCCCAGACACCCCUGGCCCCUGAGAGCCCUCUUGCUUUCCGCUUCAGUUCGCGGAGAGAGGGGCCGUCAGACCGGAACCGGCCACCUCUCCCUCCCCUCCCGAGGUGCCGUCCCACCUCUGUCCAGAGUCCGCGGAGACUGGCCUGAUUCCCGGGAAUAUCUCUUUCUCUGUCUAGGUCUGUUUGCCUACCCUAGGUCUGAGUAAAUCUGGAAGGCCGUCUCCCAGCAGUGGUAUUCCAGAGCCCUUUUGUGUUAUUUAGGUGCAUUUUAGAUUCCCCUCACCUCUCUCGGAAGUAUCUUAUCUUGAAGCCUGAUCUCUAAAUCAUUCAAAUAUUUAUUACUGAAGAUUCACCAUAAGAGACCAGAUCAGAAGUUAUGAGAGCUACUAAGAUGCCUAACCCAGCGCUGUCAAUUACAGUUACAGAAUGAAUGACAAGCUUUGUCUUUGAACUUG